GCACCUGAGCGAAGAGAGAGAAGGGAAUCCCCAAACCUCCCCUACACCCACGCGCCGCCGGCCGCCGUCCCCUUCCGAACCUUCGUCUCCCUCGCGCCCGCCAUGGCCGCCGCCUCCGCCUGCGGCGGCGCGGGCUGCGGGCCGCACUGCUCCUCCUCCUCCGGCUCCGCCGCAGGCGCCGAGGAGGACGCUCCGGCGGAGAGGAUGGCCCGGCUUUCGAUCGCCACCGGCGCCGCCACCACGUGCGGCAAGUGCGACGGCGGCGCCCCGACCGUCGCGGCGUCCGGGGGCGCUGGCAUGUGUCGGGAGUGCUUCCGGGCCCACCUGUUCGGGAAGUUCAAGCUCGCCGUCACCAGCAACGCCAUGGUGCGCCCCACCGACGCCGUCCUCCUCGCCUUAUCCGGCGGCCCCGCCUCCAGGGUGGCCCUGCAAUUCAUACACGCGAUGCAGUCCAAGGCGAUCCAGAGCUGGGAGACGAGCAACUCGCAGGCCCUGCCGGCCUUCGGCGUUGGCGUGGCGUUUGUCGACGAGAGUGUCGUUUUGGCGAGACCGGAGCAUGAAACUCAGACGGCGACUGAAGAUAUCAAAUCGAUCGUGUCGAGUUUGUCACCCGGCGAUAAGCAAGUGCACGUUGCCCCUCUUGAGGACGUAUUCUCAUCUGGGUCAGAGGACAAGGUGGCCAGGCUGAAGGAGGUGGUCGGCAUGAUCGAUGAUGAGACAGGGAGGGAUGACUUUAUUCGAUGCUUGCGCAUGCUUUCACUGCAGAAGAUUGCACUGGAAAAUGGCUACACCAAGAUCAUGCUGGGGACAUGCGCAUCUGGAAUAGCAUGUCAUGUGCUAUCUGCCACCGUGAAGGGGCAAGGCUACUCUUUACCAGCUGAUGUCCAAUAUGUUGAUACACGGUGGGAAGUACCUGUGGUUCUUCCACUCCAUGAUUGCCUUGCCCAAGAGCUUAGCUUGCUCUGUGAACUUGAUAGUUUAAAGAUGCAGCAACUUCUUGAUAGGCCUUGCAGGGGCAUCAACAGCUUAGUUGCAUCGUUUGUUUCACGACUAAGGGAAGAGAACCCUUCUCGAGAGCACACCAUUUUAAGAACCGCACAAAAGCUUAAGCCAUUCUCUUUUAAUAAGUUCUCAGCAAACGGCUAUCAUGAUUUCCUGCCAUCACGGCUUCGACCCAAGUUUCAGAAUGUUGAUACCAACGAGUCUACUUUCUCUGAAAUUCUCUGCCUGAUAUGUGGAAGCCCGUUCAGUGAAUCAGAACUCCAGAAUUUGGAAAACACAAAGCACAAGGCCCAGAAGAAAAUUGAUCUUUAUACUGCUCAUUGUUGUCAAAGCUGCCAUUUCCAGAUUCUACCAUCUGCUACAGAUACGUAUGGACAAUUCUUUUCACUACUACCGAAGUUUUGGACUGAGAAAGUGGACACUGCAUCUGCCAGCUCACUAAGAGAUCAAAUAGAAGACUACCUGCUGGAAGAUGAUGAUGAAAACUGAAAUUAUCGCUUUAGUGAAACCCAAACUUGUGAGAAAAAGUUGAAGGAGUCACAUUUCUUUUUUCAUAUGGUAACGCCAGAGUGCUGGUAUAUACUGACACACAUGUUUUACUACUGUUUUGUUUGUUAAGCAAGAAAGCCAGAAGAGACCCUUUCUGAUUGUACCUCACACAGCAUGCAUAGAACUUACGGAUAGCAGUGUUUCUCUCCAGUAUGGCACUGCUUUUAGUCAAUUUUUUUAGACACCCUUACAAUUCCAUGCAUUAUAUUCUUCCUGGUAUUCUGUAAUUCUUCGAUCAACUUAUCUGGAAUCUGUACAGUGAUCAGGCAAACCAUCACGAGCAGCAAGUUUCCACUGAUUUUAGAAGACAGCACAGUUUGGAUAGCUGAAGGUUUCCCACUUCCAUGUGAUUUGAUAUUGAUUGGUCUGUACUGUGCCAGCUAUUCUGUAGCAAAGAUUGUACCAAGAUGAAUUUAUCCAAUGAUGUUUUUGGACCAUCCGUUUUCUGUAUAGAUCUUGUAUUUACUGCUGUUAUAACAUAUUAAUCCUUUGUAUUUGACUCAAAGCACACUUUUGGGA